AUGGGGAUCUCCUUUAGUUUUGAUUCCCCUCCUUUUCCUCCUUUCGCGGCAACGGUGGCGGUGGAGGCGACGGUGGAGGCAAAGGCGGCGGCGGUAGCGACGGCGGAGGUGGCGUUGGUGAAGGUGGCGGAGGCGGAGGUGGCAGAGGCGAAGGCGGCGGCAGCAGAGGUGGCGUCAGAGGUGGCGGAGGCGAAGGCGGCAACGAAGGAGGCGGCAGCGGCGGAGGCGAAUGAGGCAGCGGUGAAGGCGGCGGUGACGGCAGUAGAGGCGGCGUCAAAGGCAGUGUCGGCAAAGGUGGCGGAGGAGGUGGCAAAGGUAGCAUCGGCGAAGGAGGCAGCGGCAGCGGAGGCGGAGGCGGUGGUGGCGAAGGCGGCGAAGGCAGUGGAGGUGGCGGCGGAGAAGGCGGCGGCGGCAAAGGCGAAGGCGGUGAUGGUGGCGGCGGUGGAGGCGGUGGCAUUAGCGGCAUCAUUUUGCUUCGUCUUCCAACGCUAA